UGUGCUGCUAAUGGUAGGAAGACACGAGACUAUUCUCCAAUAAGCGUGAAAGAUAGAGGGUGGCCAUGAGGGACUCGUCUUCUCCCAACUUCUAUACUUUUUGGAGCACAAGGUCUUCCUCUUUGGUGGUUUUCUGUAUACUUGUUCCUUUGGUUUUGGUGUCCUUGGUGGUGCUCAACUCCGACUCCAAAACAUCUUCCCUCUGGUACACUUCCUUCUCCGGGCAUCCGUCGGAAGGUGUUCAUCCUCCAUUGAAUUCCUCUGCUCUUAUUUAUGCUAGCGGAGGAGGAGGAGGAGGAGGAGGAGGAGAGGGAGAGAGAAGAGUUUUCUUUGAACCCAUUGCUUCUUUUAUUUCUCCCCCACUUGUCAGUGCACCGAGCCCCGCGCCACAACCUGCAGCACCAGUCUUUGAGGGCUCCAGUCCAAACAACACUAGAAGAGCAAGGAGAAAAGAUACAAAGCUAGAGAGGCUUGAACUUGGUCUUGCGAGAGCUCGAGCUGCAAUUAAAGAAGCUGUUCGAAAUCCAAACCGAACAGCAUUAGUGGAUAAAGAUUAUGUUCCUAAAGGACCAGUAUACAGAAAUGCCUAUGCGUUUCAUAAGAGUUACUUGGAAAUGGAGAAGUUGUUCAAGGUGUAUGUUUACCAAGAAGGCGAACCUCCGAUAUUCCAUGAUGGCCCCUGCAAGAGUAUAUAUUCCACAGAGGGAUUUUUUAUAAACAGCAUGGAUAUGGAAAGCCGGCUGAGAACGAGGGAUCCUGACCGAGCUCACGUGUUCUUCCUUCCAUUCAGUGUGGUGAGGAUGGUUCAAUACAUCUACCCGCGCGAUCACCAUGAUAUGAAACCUUUGAGACGGACCGUCCUGGAUUAUAUCAAUGUCAUUUCUGGAAAAUAUCCAUACUGGAACAGGAGUCUUGGUGCAGAUCAUUUCAUGCUUUCAUGCCAUGACUGGGGGCCUUAUGCCUCAGGCGGCCAUCCUCAGCUAUUUUUCAACUCCAUUCGUGUCUUGUGCAAUGCAAACACAUCGGAGUGGUUCAACGCUUCGAGAGACGUAACACUUCCGGAGAUGAACGUGAGAUCCCACGUCGUCAAGGUCGGAGGACCAUCCGCUUCAGGCCGUCCGAUCCUUGCCUUCUUCGCCGGAGGAAGUCACGGGCCCGUCCGGCCGCUGCUCCUGAAGCACUGGAAGGACAGAGACGGCGACGUCCAGGUCCACGAGUACCUCCCCAAAGGAGUGUCCUACGUUGACUUGAUGAAGAAGAGCAAGUUCUGCCUUUGCCCGAGUGGAUACGAAGUUGCCAGCCCAAGAAUCAUGGAGGCAAUCUAUUACGAGUGCGUGCCGGUUACGAUCAAUGCCCAUUACGUGCUGCCUUUCAGUGAUGUCCUCAACUGGAAGGCCUUCUCGGUCCAGGUCUCGGUUGAGGACAUCCCAAACCUCAAGAACAUUCUGAUGAGCAUAUCACCAAGACAGUAUAUAAGGAUGCAGAGGAGAGUAAGGACAGUGCAGAGGCAUUUCAUGAUAAAUGGCCCUCCACGGAGGUUUGACUUGUAUCAUAUGCUCCUUCACUCAAUAUGGCUGAGAAGACUAAACAUUCGCAUCCAUCCCCAGGAUUGAUUCUUUUCUAAUAACAUGGACUAAUAUUGGUA